AUGAGAGAAUUCAUUGAACGUAUCAACAAUAAGGCGUUAAACUCCGUGGUCUCAGAAUCCUCAACAAAAGAGCGUUCGGUGAACGAACUUACUCCGAAAGAAUCGCGUGUCGCCGAUCGAUUUGAACGGAAGCGAAAGUCGUAUCGUGUCGCCAUGAUCAAUAGUGAAGCCGCGAAAUUGUCACUAGUUUGGACAGAAUUGGCAAUCGAUGCGCGACAAUCGCCGAUACCAGAUGGCUCGGACAGAUCGCGUGCACUGUCAUUCCACCUGACGUGAAGUCGCACCGGAAAAGCUCUGUGGUCGCUGACGAACGAUUUAUCGAGAUUUCGCUCGAAUUUCGACCGCUCUGUGUUUCCAACGAGUUUCGAGUCUUUUAUGAAAUGGCGUUAUUUACCAAUUGA